GUCAAUAGGACUAGCCAUUUCCAUCUGCUACUCUGUGUCUGACAGUCUAUCUGUGUCUAACGGUCUAUCCAUCCAUCGUCCGUCCAUCAUUUAUCAUUGCAAGUCUCUGCUGAUCUCAUCAGCACCACAGGAGAGCUGGUGGUCAGAGGAAGGGCAUAGGGAAAUACGCAGAGAUGCAACAGAGAAGAGAGAGGAUUCAUGGAGGAGACUGGCCCUCCGGACUCCGGACCCCACAACUCACCCCCACCUUAUAACCAGCCUGCGGGGGAUGGACCAUGUAAUGGAGUAAUACCUGGCUAUAAUGACCCUCCACCUCAGCCAUCCAGUGCCACACUCCCCCGCCAGGAUCCCAAGGGAUACCUACAAGAGACCCAAUUUACAGGUCCUCCCCCUACUCCCCAAGGCUAUGUGGUGCAGACUCACACUCAAGGGGGAACGUUACCUGGAGGGGGCUAUGUUCCACAACAAGCAGGCUACCCCAUGCAUUUGCAGCCAUGCACAGCGUAUGUACCCGUUUACCCAGUGGGAACGCAAUAUCCGGCAGGAUCUGUACCACCUCAGCCUGGGAUGCCACCUCCACAAAUUCCCCCUGGACUGGCCCUCUUAGAGCCACGGCGUCCCCCUCAUGACUACCUGCCUAUCGCUGUUCUCACCACCAUCUGCUGCUUCUGGCCCACUGGAGUCUUUGCGAUUAUAAAAGCAGUUCAGGUGAGGACGGCUCUGGCUCGUGGUGACAUUAUGUCAGCAGAGAUAGCUUCUCGAGAAGCUCGGAACUUCUCCUUCAUCAGUUUGGCAGUGGGAAUCGCUGCCAUGGUCUUGUGUACUAUUCUCACCGUGGUCAUCAUCAUCGCUGCCCAGCACCAUGAAAACGAGUGGGGGCCAUGAGUUAUCCAUCGUGGCAAAAGGAGAGCAGAAAGAUGUGCCAAGACCUCCAAAUAUUCCUAAUUCUCUCACUCUCUUCACUUUCUUUCCAUUUCAUAUUUUUUCCCCCGAUUUCAAUUUCUUUACCUCUCCUUUCACAACGCUCUCUCAUCUUUUUUUCAUUGCAUCUCUUUUCACUCUUUAGAUAUUUUAUUAUUUUCUUGCCCAACAGGUUCUAUCAUUUUAUAUAUUUUCUAUCUCCCAUUAAUUAUUUUCCUUACAUUAAACUUUCUUUCACUUUAUACCUUGUCUAUUCUUCUAACUUUGCACCUAUUCUUUUGUAUCUUCCACUUGCUCCCUACCUGCACAUUUACCCUUCAGCCCAUGACUUCUCCUUGGUAUAACAAGUAAUACAGGUGCCACCUUGGGGGGUAUUACAGGGACACUAGAUGAAUAUUAUAAAAGUAUUAUUGGGGCUGUGAGAGUAUUAUGGGAGUAUCUUUCAACUUUGUUUUAAUUAGACCGAGUGCCAAAAAAAAUGGGCCAUGAUAUAUGUGGGUUUGGGGAGAAGCCACAAAAUGGUACAGAUUUUGAGAAAUCAGACAAAGAAUGAGUUAGGCGGACUGUGAGAAUGCUGAUUAAUGAAAGAGGAUGGGAAGGAUAGUGAGCUAUGAGUGAGUGAGACAAAAAAGAUAUUUUUAGAAGUAAAAAUCAUUGUAUGUGUGUGAGAUUUACAACUUGAAGGAAAUAGCGUUUUAGACAGCCAUACAGAACUUAUUGGAUAGAGAGAGGACUCAUUUUAUCAAGUGAUCAAAACACUCUCCAACAUUCCGUGAAGUCCUCUAGUCAAGCGGUUAGAUGUCUCAACCCUUGAUAUCAACAACAAGAGGAAAGCAACGAUUUGGAAUGUUUUGAGUGUUCUUUCUCAUAGUUUCGUACAGGUAGAUUAUUCAGAAACAAUGCAAAAGAUAAAGGCGAUAGCGGGGCUAUUGUCAUAGCGUGACGUCUAAGGGUUGGCGUAACCCCUGGUAAAUGUCUGAGAAGGUCUCCUGCUGCAUUAAUUGUUAAUUACACUCCCGCCGUUCGCUAAUGAAUUUUAUUUAAUGUUGUAUUGCGUGAGGUCCUGUCUACAGUGUGAUCGAGAACGUGAUCAUUUUCUGAGAGGGUAACUAUGAAUGUUACAACGCUGAGUAAUAUUUCAUGUUGACUGGUAGGAGUUUAAUUAACACUUGCUUCUAGUAUAUGUGCUGAUAGCCAAAAUAUCUAAUGGUAAAACUGAGGGAGUUAAGACAAAAAAAAGGAAAUUAUUGUGAUAGGGAACUAUCUAAAAUAACUAGAUGAAGAGUUGGACAGUCAGAUGGAUAUAAAGUUUGCUUCUGGGGCAAAUUUGUAAAAGUGGAGCAACCUGCAGGAACAUUUAGGUGGUGUCCAUGGAAACUGCUCCACUGUAUGAAUUUCGCUGUCCGGUUAUUCUUUAUAAAUAACUUCUAUAGCGUGCUGGGGUGUAAUACGGAAAGAUGGCUGGUGGGCGCAAUAAACAGAACUUGGGAGACCGUUCAUAUAUACGUGACUUGAGACUGUGUGUUAAAGAUGAAGCUUCUAUAUUUAAGCACAGUGUUAUAUUG